GCUCAUUGGCAAUACCUCACUCGAUCCCAGCGAAUUAAUGUCCAAGCUACUGCAAAUCGACUUCCUCUUGCACGACUCGGUUUGGCCUGGGGUAUUGUUUACCUCGGCGUGCUGAGUACCAUUACCAUUGCUCAGCGUAAAGUCGCGAGAAGUUCAGAUCCUCUUCUCUCGCCUGCGAAGCCGUAGGGAAAUAUCUUUAUCAUGUCGGCUGACUUUUGGGCUGGCUAUCUAAGUGGCGCAGUUGGUAUCAUCAUUGGAAACCCUCUCGAUGUCAUCAAAGUACGACGUCAGGCGCAGCAAGCCAGUCCACCGCCAGUCCUGUCUUCUCCUUCGAUGAUAGCAGGAGAAACUUCUGCCACGAGCCAAGGCACAUCAUUCGGCACUCGUUUUCUCAGAUCAUAUACUUCUUUAGUAACUGGAACUGCGGCGCCAAUUCUCGGCUAUGGUGCCCUCAACGCUUUACUUUUUGUUUCUUACAACCGUACCGAAUCUACAUUGAACAGUGUGUUCUCAACAUCAGAGAAUCUGUGGAAUGCAUGGAUUGCUGGCUCUGUGGGUGGUCUUGCAACCUGGAUCGUCAGCACGCCCACCGAGCUCAUCAAGUGUAGAGCUCAACUGGCCUCUCCACCCAUGUCAAGCUUGGCCAUCGCUCGACAGAUUUGGAGGAAUGAAGGUGUUCGCGGACUCUACUUUGGCGGAGCAGUGACUGCUCUACGAGACAGUAUCGGAUAUGGCUUUUACUUCUGGUCCUAUGAGCUGAGCACUCGUUGGUUAGCCACAAAAGCUGAGGAGAGAACUUCUUUUCAACAGGAAGCCGCAAAGGUCCUUUUCUGUGGAGGAUUGGCCGGUGUGGUAACGUGGGCCAGUGUCUUUCCUCUCGAUGUUAUCAAGACAAGGGUUCAGGCUCAGACGCUCGGCGGCCCAGUCGAGACAUCACCUCUUUUGCAAACGAGCGGGCCUCUACGGACCUCACGAGCAGGUGCUCUGCAAAUUGCACAAGAAGCGUAUCGGGAAGGGGGGGCACGUGUUUUUUUUCAAGGGCUAACUGUCUGCAGUGUCCGGGCAUUCAUCGUCAAUGCCGUCCAAUGGGCUGUCUAUGAAUGGGUCAUGCUUGAGCUUGGGCAUGGACGCAAACAAGCUGUUUUUAACGACUUUAGAGUAGAAAUGGUAGAGGCAUUAUAGAACGCAAGGCAUGAUACCAAUAGUGUCACAGAAAAUCAACUGAUAUUGGCAAAACGCUACCAUAUUCUACGAGAGGAAUAUGUGCAUUGAUCAUAGAGUUCUAGACUAAUGAGCUUAGGAAUCAUGAUUUCCUUUUACUAAA